UUAGGAGCGUCGGAGACUCGCCACCGCUAAUGGACGCUGCAACCGCCGCGACGGCGACCGCGGCGGCGGCGUUGGUCUGGUUCCGGAAGGGCCUGCGCGUGCACGACAACCCGGCGCUCGACGCGGCCCGGCGCAGCGCCGCGCGGGUCUACCCGGUGUUCGUGCUCGACCCGCGGUACCUCCGCUCGGACCCGGCCGCGCCCUCCCAGGGCUCCGCGCGUGCCGGGGUCGCGCGCGUCCGCUUCCUCCUCGAGAGCCUCCGCGACCUGGACGCCCGCCUCCGCCGCCUCGGCUCACGCCUCCUCGUCCUGCGCGCCCGCGACGACGUCUCGGACGCCGUCUGCGCAGCCCUCAAGGACUGGAACAUCGGCAAGCUGUGCUUCGAGUCCGACACCGAGCCGUACGCCCUGGCCCGCGACAAGAGAGUCACGGAUUUUGCUGCUGCGUCGGGGAUCGAGGUGUUCUCGCCUGUCAGCCACACCCUUUUUGACCCAGCAGAAAUCAUAGAGAAGAAUGGGGGCCGGCCACCGUUGACAUACAAAUCUUUUGUGGCUACCGCUGGAGAGCCGCCCAAGCCAGUGAUGGAGGAAUACUCUGAGCUCCCGCCAAUUGGUGAUACGGGAGGAUAUGAGUUGUUGCCUGUGCCCAAACUGGAGGAGCUUGGAUAUGGUGAUGUCAGCCAGGAGUACAUUCCGCCAUUCCGCGGCGGCGAGACAGAAGCUCUGAAGAGGAUGAGAGAGUCACUCCAGGAUAAGGAGUGGGUUGCCAAGUUUGAGAAACCUAAGGGUGACCCUUCUGCCUUCUUGAAACCCGCAACAACGGUCUUGUCACCGUAUCUGAAAUUCGGUUGCCUGUCGGCGAGGUACUUUUACCACUGCAUUCAAGAUGUCUACAGGAGUACCAAAACGCAUACAAAACCACCUGUUUCGUUGGCUGGCCAGUUGCUGUGGAGGGAUUUCUUCUACACAGUGUCUUUUGGCACUCCUAAUUUCGAUCAGAUGGAAGGGAACAAAAUAUGCAAACAGAUCCCAUGGAUAGAGAACGAGGAGCUGUUUGUUGCAUGGAGAGAUGGCCGGACAGGAUAUCCAUGGAUUGAUGCCAUCAUGAUUCAGCUGAGGAAGUGGGGUUGGAUGCAUCAUCUUGCACGCCACUCUGUUGCUUGUUUCCUGACGCGGGGUGAUCUGUACAUCCACUGGGAGCAAGGCCGUGACGUCUUCGAAAGGCUACUGAUAGAUUCGGACUGGGCCAUUAACAAUGGAAAUUGGCUAUGGCUCUCCUGUUCAUCAUUCUUCUACCAGUAUCAUAGAAUCUACUCCCCAAUCUCAUUUGGAAAGAAGUACGAUCCCAAAGGAGACUACAUCAGGCAUUUCAUCCCGGUGCUAAAAGACAUGCCCAAGGAGUACAUCUACGAGCCUUGGACUGCACCCCUUAGCGUGCAGGAGAAAGCCAGGUGCAUCGUCGGCAAGGACUACCCAAAACCAGUGGUUGACCAUGAAGCUGCAAGCAAAGAAUGCAGGAGGAGGAUGGGGGAAGCUUAUGCGUCUAAUCGCCUAGGCGGCAACCCUGUCAAAGGAAAUUCCUCGAAUUCAUCGCGAAGGAAGUUUUCUGAUGGUGGCCAAGAAGAUGUCCCCGACUCAUCCAUGUCCAAGCAACCGAGGUAGAGAAGCUGACCCCAGAGCAGAAAAGUCUUAACAAGAAGUAUCUGACCUCUUUUAGGGAACUGUAGUAUCUGACUUAAUUUAAUGGGUCUUCUCAACUCUUCAAUCCUGAGUCUAACUUCCUGCCUUAAUCCAUCUGAUAGUACGCUGAUGGUAGGACGGAAGGCAAGUAUUGUUGGUUGGCUGGUUGGUUGGUUACUUGUACGGUAGUACCAAAACACAUAUAACAAAAGAAACACGUGAAGCCGGUUCCGAGAUCA